CAAGGAGACAACUGAUGUCAUUGAUAUACCAGACAUUUCAAUGGAGAUCUUUCUUGAAAUCAUGAGAUUCAUUUACUAUGGAGAAGUCAACCUAACGCCAGAAAAUGUCCUGGAAAUUUUCUACGCCACCAAGAAGUACCUAGUUCCAGGCUUGGGUGAGAAAUGCAGCAAAUAUCUUGAUGAGAGCAUUGACCUCGAUAAUGUUUGCACUAUACUGGAUGCCUCCCUAAAGUUUGAUGAAGAACCUUUGAAGAAGAAAUGCCUUGAAAUGAUAGCAGAAAACACAAGAGACGUGUCGGCAUCGGAUGCAUUCUUGUAUUCUUCAAAUGGUGUGCUCGGAUCAAUUUUAGAUCAAGACAUGCUAGAUAUGCAGUCGGAAAUUGAUGUAUUCCGGGCAGUAGAAAAAUGGGCAAAGGAAGCGUGUAAGAAGCAAGAUCUUCCCGUCACUGGUGAUAACAUGAGGGAGUUGAUUGGUGAUGCCAUCUACAAGGUCUGUCUACUUGAUCUUACAACUGAAGAGCUUGGGAGGCACAUUUCUCCAACAGAUAUUCUUAAACCCCAUGAAAUUAAGGAUUUACUGGAGUGUAUAACGAAUGGAAAACCAUGCGCAAAUCCAAAGUUUAACGCGAAAAGAAGAGUAAAAUUCAAUGAAAAAGAAUGCAGGCGCUUCACUUGCCAUCACAGCACCGUUCAUUGGAAUUGCCCUGGAAACUGUGAUGCACUAACAUUCACAGCGGAUAAAGCAGUUGUGUUGACGGGACUGGGGGUAUUCGUACCUUGUAAAGCCACAACUUAUAACUUCACAGCUCUAGUCCAGAUACUUGACAAAACAAACACAGUCUUAUAUGACGCUAAACAUGAAUUCACGCAAGAUGAUGUCAAAAACGGAGAUCUGAUACAGAAAAUUGUUUUCGAUAAGAAAAUUGAAGUAAAUUCUCAGGAUGAAUAUUCUGUUAAGACAUGGCUAAAGGGGCCUGAAACAUACAGAAGUAAUGACAUGUAUUCUCCAGUUACAGUUGACAAUGUUACUUUCACAUAUUCAAGAAACCCAAAUUCAACUAAUGGUACAUCAGUUACAUCAGGCCAACUUCCCUGUCUUUAUUU